CUUCAGUCAGUUUGAUACACAAAUCACACAACAAAGUACAAAACCAUUAAUUUUUACCAAAAACUUUGUAAACAAAUGUGUAAACAGCAGAAUUGUCUUCAUCAGAAGAGCUGAGAAGUCAAAGCCAUACAAAGAAUCAACAAGAAAUACAAAUGAAUCUAACGAAGUAUAACUAUCGAAAGUCUAAAUAUAAUAAGUCUCGCAUUUUGAAUUGCGAUAAAUUGAGACCAGAAAAUCUGUACAUGAAUUGCGUCGAUGUUAAAGGCAAACUUUAUAGCCUAUCGCUAAAAAAACAUCAUUCCAAACGAAAUAAACGUCUUAAAAUCAGAUCUCUUCGAUCCGAAAAGUAUAAAUUUUCGAAUAUAUUUAAACGCAAAUCGCGAAGGCAAACAGCUAAGAAUACUACUGAUAAGGGGCUAAUGGAUUGUGACGUAAAUAUGGAACCUUCACGAUAUGUGCCGCCCAUUACAAAUCCAAUGGAAAGGAUCAGCGAAGCCGGGACUAAAAAUCAACCGCAUAAGUUGGAAACUGAGAAACCACGACGACUGCGCGGAAGGCCGAAAAAUAUUGUGAAAUCCUCUAGUCUUAUUGCUUCAGACCAUCGCAAGGAAAAUCCUAUGGAAAUAAACGAUGAACAGAAGACUUUCACAAAGAUAUUAAAGAAAGUAAAGCUCAAGGUCGACGAUUAUUUGAAGGACAUGAAGCUGGCUGCUGCUUUUCGCAAGCAACAGAAAAAGUCGCAGCUACAAGUUAGUCGCCGAAAAUUAGGAUUAGCUAAGCAGCGUCAACUAGGACGAUCCAAAAAGGAUUCAUCAAAAGUGAAGGAGAGACAAAUGGAUGAGCAAUCAGUGGUUAUACAACAAGGUGCGGGGAUUCGAGCUGCAAAACUUAAAAAGGACCAGCAGCUAUUGGAAAGAAACGUGCAGGAGGAUAAAAAGAAACUGAAUUCCAGAAUUUCAAUGGAUUGGGAAAAAUUAGAUAGUCCAGAAAAGGUUAAAGAACCACCCAUUGUAUUACGACGCAGUGCCCGGAUUCAAGCGGCAAAACUCAAGAAGGAGACAUUGGAAGCCAAUAUGAGAAAGAGCAAACAGGAGAAAGUCAGUACUACUACUAAAACGGUAUCGAAACCUAGAAUCACUCAACUAGCAGUGUGUCGUUUAUGUCCUAAUUGCAAUUCUAUUAACUAUCUUAGUCCGCCGUAUUCGAAUACAUACUUUGAAUGCGCCGAUAUAAACGGAAGGCUCUAUAAACUAAAUUAAAUUUAUUGAUGAUAUGUAAAUGGGCACUGAUAUUCGAACGAAACAUAAGAAAGUAGAAGCAACAACAUAUAAUAUAAUACAUAUAUAUUAUAUUAUACAAAAUUUUCGUGAGCAUGCAAAUGCAUCUUUAAGAUUUUUAUAUGUGUCCAUAUAUUGGUUAUUUAUAAUAUAAAUUCAUAAGUAAAACAAU